AUGCUAACAAAAAGAUAUAUACAGUGGCUACCGGCCGUUAUAUUAUUGAUAACUAGAGUUAUAGCAAUGGACCAUUCAAAUCAAAUAAUUUUAGCACCUUCGUCUGCAACGGCGAAGACAGGCGACGAGUCAGAUGAUCUACAGGAACACCCUUCUAGCGAUACAUAUAUAUCUGGUGAUUUAUUAUGUAAUGAUGAUGGUUGUUACCCUUUGUUAUUUGAACCCUCAUCCGAAUGGCAAACUGUUAAACCUGAACAAAGAUUACCAGCCGGUUUAGACAUUAGAGUUAAUUUAGAGACAGGUUUAAAAGAAGCAAAAUUAGGAGAUGGAAAUAUGGUAACCAAUAAUAAUGACGAUAAGGAAAAAAAGGAUUCUGAUGGUGUAGUCCAAAUUAUAGAGGAUAAAUCGAAUUUGAUUAAGAAGGAUGAAAGUGCAAUAGUAAAUAAUUAUGAAUUUUCUGAACAAUUCGCUGCCAUUAGAAUAAAUUUAAAUAAAGGUGAAUAUACUCAAGUUGCAGAACAAUUAGAAGAGAUAAUGGAGUUUGCUCAUGAUUAUAAGCAUGGUUUCAAGAUCGUCAGUAAAGAAUUUGAUUUAUUAAAAUCGGUAGCAUUAAAUGAAUCGAUCCCAAUUACAGUUAGAGAAUUAGACACUCGUGUCAUUGUUGCAUGUAUAAGAAAUAAUCCACCUGUGAUAGAAUAUAUCGAACAGAAUUAUCCAAACUUUGUUAGAGACAUCUUUAAUAAUAUUAACGAAGUGAAAAAAGUGACAGAUGACGUUCAACUACUUGUUAAAAGAUUCAUUAACAUUUUAACCGUGUUAAUUGAGUCUGACCCAACCUAUAUUGUUGGUGCAGUUGAUUUCGAAACCUUGAGAAGAGUAUUCUACACCAUAGACGAUAAGGCGCUAAAGUUCAGAAUCUUGGAUAUUAUCUCAACUUUUAUUGAUAGAGUUCAUAAUGAGGAUAUUGCACCUGUAAUGAAAAGGGACGGAAUUUUGUUUGUCAUUCCAACAAUUCAAGACUGGGUUAAAGAAUUCUCAAGAUACGUUAAAGAGGUAGAUAUCGAUGAAGAUCAUUUAAGAAAAUUCUUUAACACAUUGUACAAUUUGAAAACAGAUUUCAGUAAAGAUAUCAAGGUCGAUACCUCGUUCUUAAAUUGGUUGAUUAAUCAAGUCGAGGAAAGGAAAGCACAUUUGGCUGAUGGUGUAGAACCAAGAGAUCCUGAACAGGAUGAAUUCGAUAGAAAACUAAUUAAUAGUAGACAUUUGGUCUUCGGUAACGAAAUGGCUGAUUCUAUUAAGAACUUCCAUGAUGAACUAUAA